AGGGGAACGACCCAAGACUGACCAGGCCAAGAACUGGCAGUUACAGAGCAUCUGCCCCUCACCCUGGUGACCCCUCCUCAGCCACAUGUCCUGAUCUCCUCACCCCAGGCAGAAGAGUCGAGCACCGAGGAGGGUGUGUGGCCCGACGGCCAGCAGCCGUGGCCGGCUGAGCUUGACAUGCUGGAGGCUGAGGACCUGACACAGCUCCGGCUGCUCAACUUGCAGCUCCUGCGGCAGCUGUGGGCUGGCCAGGAUGCCGUGCGGCGUUCGGUGGCCCGGGCAACCUUGGCGUCGAGCUUGGACUCCAGCAGCAGCUGCAACUCCACGGGGCCUCUGUCCCCGGAGACGACGACCUCCUCCUUCACCUCCUCCUUUUCUGCCUCCCCACCUGACACCCAGCAAGGUGACCCAAGUGAUGUAGCUUCGUGUGGCAGGCUCAGCUCCAGGGUGACCACCCUCCCUCCUGCCAAGGGCCAACACCAGGCCUCCCAGGGCCAGCUGAGAUCCCACUCGGCACCCUUGCUGCCUGUUGCAAACUUUAAGGACUCAGAACCUUCGGCAGGGCAAGGGGAUCUGGGAUCCCAGCAGACACAGGCUCCAAGGCCCAUCUUGCCCCGACAAAGGAAGUCCAGGGUGACUUUCUGCACGGAGCCGAAGGUACCUGGGAGCAGUUGGCGCCUCAGGCCGUACCUGGGCUAUGACUGGAUUGCAGAGUCUCUGGACAGCUGCUCUCCCAUCACCAGCAAGCCUGAGGCCUUCUUCUCGACGCUACAGAAGUUCCGGGAAGCCCACAGGAAAGAGUGCACUUCCAGCUCCUCUGAACCCGGCCUAGGUGUGCAUGAGAGUGAUGGCGAGGAAGGGGACCAUGAAUGUGUGUUCUGCUACCGCGUCAACCGCCGCCUCUUCUUGGUGCCUUCGGAUCCUGGCACCCCCUGUCGCCUCUGUGGGACCCCACGGGAGCAGCAGGGCCCUGAGACCCUGCAGGAGCCUGCCCAGGUCAGGGUGAGUGUCCCACUGUCCGUCCUGGAUCCCCCACACCGGUACCACAUCCACAGGCGCAAAAGCUUCGAUGCCUCUGACACGUUGUCCCUGCCCCGGCACUGCCUGCUGGGCUGGGACAUCCUCCCUCCCAAGCCCGAGAAAGGAUCGACCCCAAAGAGCCUGGACCUCUGGUCCUCCAUGUCCUCCACAGCUCACCACCGGAAGCUGUGCACCGCCAGUCCUGCCCGUCUGGUGUUGCCACCAAGGGACCCAGCUCCAACCCCAAUCUGGUCGCAUCCCCGGCUCCCCCAGCCCCACGCUGCUCUGCGGAUACAGCCCUGAGGACUACGACUCAGACGGGGCUUCUGCUGUCACUGGCUCGAGUCUCUGCACUUCAGCAGGGGCUGUCCAUGGCUGGACGUCACUGCCCUGCCUGGCUUGGGCGGCCCACGUCUGCCUCCUGGCUGGGUCUGGAGAGCAGAGAUGCUGGGCAGGGAUGUGAGGGGUUCUGUGCCUUAUUUGUAAAUAAACCUCAGCACCUGGGUGACU